GCUGCUGAUGUCUGUGCUGUUCUUCUCCACAGCAGCAGCUGCGCACUCAUACACACAAACAUGUCCGCGGUGCCUGACGGCAAGAAGCUGGUCCGGAGCCCGAGCGGACUCCGCAUGCUGCCGGAGAACGGCGCUUUCAACAGUCCGUUCUCCCUGGACGAGCCGCAGUGGGUUCCGGACAAAGAGUGCCCCAAAUGUAUGCAGUGUGACACUAAGUUCGACUUCAUCACCAGAAAGCAUCACUGCCGGCGCUGCGGUCGGUGUUUCUGUGAUAAAUGCUGCAGUCAGAAAGUGGCUCUUCCCAGGAUGUGUUUUGUGGAUCCGGUGAGGCAGUGUGUGGAGUGCAGCCUCAUCUCACAGAAAGAGGUGGAGUUUUACGACAAACAGCUUAAAGUGCUCACUGCCGGAGGAACUUUCCUGGUCAGAGUGGAUUCCUCAGAGAAAUCAGAGACCAUGGUCUGCCGUUUGUCCAAUAAUCACAGAUAUCUCUUCCUAGAUGGUGAGAGUCAUUUUGAAGUGGAGCUCUCUCGUAUUUCCACUAUGCAGGUGUUGACUGAGGGCUCGACCCCAGGAGAGAAAGAUAUAUGCUCAUACACGAGCUUGCUGGACAGUCAAAUAUCUGAAGGGGGUUCUCUUCGAGCCAGCGGCAUGGUGCUUCAAUACAAGCCACCAGGAUCUCAGAACCUACAGCAGCUCCACAUGGACACUGCCGAUGACAAGCGCAUCGCGUCUGCCUGGCUUGCAGCAAUGCAUAAAGCUGCCAAAUUGUUGUAUGAAUCAACGGACCAGUGAAAUGACACCAUGCUGCAGGCCGAACAA